GCCUUCAGCAGCAGGUGACUGUCCGCGUCUCCUCUCACCAUUUCUCACACCAACACGGCUCACUCUUUAUUUUCUGCGUCCUGAAACUUUUCCGUCGACACAGUCAAAGUGGAUUUUUAAUGAAAGAAGCUCCACGCGCAUUACUUCAUGGCUCGACUUUGAAAAAAAAAAAAAAGAAAGUGUGUCGGAUCGAUCGGAGAGGCCAGAUUAACGCUGGUCACACAGACUGGGACCACGGUUUCUGCUGCUUGAGGUCUAGUUCCACUAAGGUUUGAGCACAGCUGUCCAAAGGCUGCAAUGUCGUCAAAAAUGCAGAGCUCCAGCAGCAUAUCUCAGGCCAGGCGCAUGGUGCAGCAGCUGAGGAUAGAGGCCAGCAUCGAGAGGAUAAAGGUAUCCAAGGCCUCUUCAGACCUGGUGCGUUACUGUGGAGAACAUGCCAAGAAUGACCCGCUGCUCAUGGGCGUCCCUGCUUCAGAAAAUCCCUUCAAGGACAAGAAGCCUUGCACUGUUUUGUAGGAGAACAUGAGAACUCUUGCUGCUUUCCUUUUGAUUCUUAUGGGGAAUAAUAUGUUCAUAAUACUGUUAACAACCUAUCUUAAGGCCAGUGUAUCCACCUUACUUUUCACAUGCCUGCUGCAGUUCAAGGAAUGUAGCAUAUAAACCAAAGAAGUCUGAAGCUGUGGCCUUAGAGGAGCUGUGCCAUGGAUGGGAGAGUUCCUGACUCUAAUUAUCACAGCGUGCAUAAACAAGCCCCCUCAAUCAUUGGUCCAAUCGGAUUCAGGCUUUCAGCUUUCACCUUUGACUUUCAUCAUGCUUGCUGCAGGAAACAGUUGUUGUAGGUUGCAUGCUACUGAUAAGGAGCACCCAAGAUAAUUAUAUCCUGUUGGUGGACGAGCAAGCUGUGCUGUCCAUCACAUGCAGACAAAUAGAACGAGUGGCGAUCCAUUGCCACUGAUGCACAGCUCCUGCUUUAUUUUUAGCAGUCACAACCAUGAAUAAUAGUCCUUAAUAACUGGCCAUUAAAUUGUUCUCUUUUAGUGCAGACUGAGCAAUCAAAUUGCUCCUGACGUGCACAAUUCAACCAUUCCAGAAGCGACCAAUUCACUAGAAAUAUUAAUUGAAUAUUUAUUUUUAAGAUAUUGAGAAUCGCUGUUACGAGGAUAGGAUAUAUAAUAGUAAAUUUACAGUGUAGAUUUAGAAUUUGGGAUAAAUUGAUACUGAAUUUUAGUUUUUUUGUUGUUCUUGUUCAUUUGAGCUAGUUGCAUUCCUGUUGUCAGACAGACUUUCAGUACCUACUUCAAUUAAAUUUAAUUCUCAGCUAUUAAAUAUGAUGAAUGUGAUGUCUAAAUUCGUAUGCGCUUUCUUACACUUGGCGCAAAGCAUCGCACUUCGUAGCUAUCUGUAAUUGCCAUUUUUAGACAGAUGCAGUUAUCAUUCUCAAGCCCUCAUUGCGUAAGUAGAAAAUGUACUUGCACCCAUCUGUGUGUCUAAAAAAGAUGCAUGGUCAGACACAUUGUUGGUGCAUUGCUAACCUGAGGCAGCAGAAAGGGAUUGCACCAUUGACCAAAAAAAAAGUCACAGGUUAAUGGCGUAGUAUUUUUCUUCUAUUUAAAAAGCGCACAGAGUUCUGCACAUUCUCAUUACAUACACAGGGAUGUGCAGCAGCGCUCCUUCAACUCAUUUGCAGUCACAUACAUGCUUCUGCAGUUUGCUGAAUCCACCCAUGCGGCAGGCACAGGCGCACUGUUGUUUUUAAAGGUUCAUGUUGCGCUCGUAACACCCCUGUGACUAAUUAAGAGGCUAAAUACAAGCCCUUUGCCACUUACGCCUUACCUUAUGCCCAGAUUGUGAGCCCUCUAACUAGCUAAAGUGAGUUAGUUGCACCCUAAAUGCACUUGCGCCAUGCACUUUAGACCAAGCGCUUUAGAUAGUCUAAAUAGGGCCCUUGACCCUUUUAAUACCAGUUGGGUCUCUUUAACUCAUUUUGAUUGCAUUUGCCUUAAAAAUGAAUGUAAAACUCAGUCCAAGUAUCUUUUAAAAUUGAAAAAUGUACAGAUAAAAGUAUGAACUUUGGAGAUUCAAUUUUGCAUGACUCCUUUGAAUGUGAUAGCUCUUAAUUUAUAUAUUAAAAAAUAAAAUCUUUAUGAAGCCAUUUUAGCUGGAGAAAAAAAAAGAUUCAAGAUCAACCUGUGCCAUUUUGUCAGAUCUACCUAUUUAAUGUCUGCAUGUUCUUUCUGCAGAGCUGAGGCUUAUUACUAUUCAGGCCCUUUGAAACCUGUUUUCACCAGAUGACUGUCAUACUGUUUUGAGUUUGAGACAUUCCAUGUUUACAGCUGCUGUAAAACUGAUUUCAUUAUGAGAACCCAUGACUGACAGUGUGUAACUGUGACUUUCUGUCAUUUUAUAUUUUGGUGCUUACGCAAAACAUUAGCAACUAAUUUUGCAAUUUCACCAGCCAGGGCCUUAAUGAUGAAGUGAUCUGGCUUCAAUCUCCGACUACCUUUUAAUCACAUAAGUGCUGUUGUCUUACACUGUGAAUGAAGAAGGCCCACAGGGGAAAGGUAUAUCUUACCAUAGGCUUUUAUGUGUAUGGCAUCAUAUUUCAAAAUGACUCGUGUUCAGUAAUGAAUUGCAUUAAAAUGUAUCACAUAUUUAGUGCAGUAUGUAUGUCCAAGAGUAUGUGUUUGCUUUUUAUUGUUUAAAUGCACAAUGUUUAAUUUAGGGGGUCUUUUUUUUAAUCAAAAACAAAAGACAGUUUGGUGACAUCAUGAAGUACCUUGGCAUCAUGGGAGCCAGCUCCUCCUAACGUUUGCUCAACAAGUUUCUCUGAUCCAGAUGUCCGAUAGCUAAAAUCUUUCAUUUGUUGGUAAAAACUAUGAGGAUCUAAAAAAUUAUAUUGUAAAAAGUGGCUUAAAACUGUAUAAAAAGUCAAUUAAUAGGCAUGUUUCCACUGAGUACUUUUUGGAAAGCGGCUGAGUGUUCAAUCGGCUCUGCUUAUUGAGUGUGUUUGAAAAAGCACACUGUAUGUUAUUCACCAGGUCUUUUCAUACCGGCUCAACCAUGACAAGUGUGCCAUGACUUUUCUAAGGGUUUUCAAAUUAUUCAGCAAAAACACGCCAAAAAAUCCCUCCAAUGUUACCCUAUGGAGAGGCUAGAGUGAAUGACAUCAUCCUUAGCGUGGAGUGAGAGCAAAAAAAAAUUGUCAAAAAAUAAAUUUGGAAACUGCACUCAAGGCCGCAAAUGCCACUCUACAGAAAUAAUUGAUACACAGAAACAGAGGAAAAUUUGUCUUCUGCCUCACAUUGGUGUGGUAAAGCUGUCAGAGUUAUAGUUUGGGCGUAGGACACACAGAUGAUCCACCAACACCGCCCACAGCCUCAUAGAACGCCAUGAUAAAAAGGCAUGAAAAUUUCCGGAGGAAAGCUGAGGUACCAGUUUCUUCUGAUCGCUCUAAAAAAACAAUUUCUUCAUUUUUCUUCACAAAACACAAAUGUAGACGUUCAGGAAGAACUCAGGAUGCUCAAAUGGAAGUCGGAUCAAUCAUAGGAACUACGGUUUGACCAAAAAUGCUUUGUGUAUGAGGGGAACUUUUAGCUGUUUUCCUGUCUAUUUCACUGGUGUCAAAUGUCACAGAGCAGUUCAUUGCAGCUGAUUGCUCUUCUCUGAUCACUGAUGACUUCCUCCACUUUUCCAUUUUGAAAACAGUUCAAAUUCUAAUCUAAUAAUGUAUGGAUGAGAGUCACGGGCCAGAGUCAAGCACACUCAAAAUUUCUUUAGAAAUGUUCUAGUUUCUUUUAAAAUGGCACUGUUAUGUUGUGGUUGUGUGGAGUUCUACUCACAUCAUAUCCGGCUCAACCGUAUCCAACUGUCAACUAGUUAGUAGUGGCUCAGUAGCGGCUCAGAAAAGUACCUAACUGAGGCAGGUACUUUCUGAGCCGCUAACUGGUGAAGUUGGGUGGAUCUUGAGCGGAUCCUCUCUCCCAAGCCACACCCAUAGCGGCUCACUCGAGGGAAAAGUACCUAAUGGAAACGCGCCUAAUAACAGUAUCUGGCGGACAACAACAACGCUAACAUAUGCUCAAGGGUACAUGAUGCCAUUGGCAGGUGACUAAAUGAAACAGACCAAAACUUUGGUCUAAAUGACAGAUUUCUCUUCGUUGGAAAAUUAUUUUGGGAUAAUGUAAGUACGCAACUUAACACAUAACAUAGGUCAAGUUGUUUCGAUACAUUUUAAUGCAGAAAUUGACAUAUAAUACCUUUAAUGUACUUUUUCGGACUGUACUGAUUCAUUCUUUGCGUUUCUGUUUUGUGACAUUAA